AACUACAAGGUUUAUGUUUCCUUAACCAGGAUAAUAAUUUGGAACAAUACUGUUGAUCAAGCUGACCAACCAUGUUUCCUUUACAACGCGGCAAUGAGCUGGUGAUCCAAUUUUCUAAUGCCCUCCAACCGCAACACAAAAUCUCUAAAGAUCUCAUCCUGGAUCAUCACAACACCGAUAAUUCUCCCCUUGUCGCUUAUUCAGAUAAAGAAGUGCGUACUAGCCGCCCCAACCAACUCUUUUAUGCGCCUGAAACCAGUCACGCUAAUUCUGCAGAAGAAGAAUACGCAAAGAAGAUGGUUCACAGAGAGAUUGAGAGGCAAAGGAGGCAAGAAAUGGCAACCCUUCAUGCCUCUCUUAGAUCCCUUCUCCCUCUUCCCUUCAUCAGGGGAAAGAGGUCGAUGUCUGAUCAAAUGAACGAGGCGGUGAAUUACAUAAACCACCUGCAGAAGAAUAUUAAAGAAUUGAGUGAGAAGAGGGAUAAGCUGAAGAAGAAAGUUGCCAUAAAUUCCAGCCUCGAAAGCCGUGAGAACAAGCAUGAAUCAUGUGGUUUCACUGUCCGCCAAAAUAGUAGUGGAGCUGUGGGAAUUGAAAUCAGUGGAUUGAGUGAGGAAGGGGUUUCACUUUCUAAACUGUUGGAACUGUUGUUAGAAGAGGGACUUGAAGUUUUUUGUUGUCUUUCAACUAAAGUCGAUGGCAGACUACUCCACAGUUUGCAGUGUGAGGUUGUCAAUUCCGACACUGUAGAUCUAUCUGAGCUAAGAAGAAAAUUCUCCAAUGUAGUUCCAUCAUUUAGAGUUUCUGAAUAAAACUGUGGUUUGGAUAUUUUUCUAGGCUCA